AUGAGUGGAAAGGUUCAGCUUAUUAUAGAAAUUGGCAACUUGUGGCGAAAAAACAAACAAAAUAUUUUAGACACUGAUGGCGUCUCGGACGACAUACGUGCCAUCUCGCUUGCUAUGCAGCAUCCAAAUGUAGAGGUUCUUGCAUUUACCACAGUCCAUGGUUGUGUGUCCGUAGAGCAAGCAACAGCCAACGUUGCUCGAUGUCAACGCGCAAAUUCCGUUUCGAAACCCAUACCAAUAUACAAGGGAGCUGAGGAGCCGAUACUUGGUCGAGAAAAUAAUUUUCGCAGUGAAAGCAUUUUCUUUGGCAAGGACGGAAUUGGUGAUCAACCACAAGCGUUUCCAGAACUCCUCGCCAGCGAUUUCGUCCCGACGUCCGAAGAAGUCGCAGCAUUGGCGCUUGUUCGUCUUGCACGAGAACAUCCAGAUGCAACGCUGGUCUGCCUUGGGCCACUCACAAAUAUAGCCAUUGCGCUCAAAAUUGACCCCAAGUUCGCUUUUGCCAAAGUGUUCGUCAUGGGAAUUGGCAACGUAGCAUCAAAGUCGUCAGCAGAGUUCAAUUUUCAUGGUGAUCCAGAGGCUGCGUCAAUAGUUAUAAGCAAACUCGCAGAAAGACUCGUAAUAAUCCCAUGGGAGGCCUUCUUUAUUGAAGGCGUUAAGCAUGAGAAAGAAGUUGAUUUUAAUGCACAUUUACAACACGACACCAAGCUCGCCUCUUUUCUUAGCGCCGCUACUAGUACUGGUCGAGCUGCUUUAGCGAAGAAUGAUCGUCAGUUUUCUUACUGCGAUGAAAUAGCUGUGGCAGCAGCCAUAGACUUACAUCGUGUUGCUCGCAAGUUGAUGCACCUUAGAGUGAAUGUGGAACUUUCAGGGACUCAUACUAGAGGACAAGUGGUCGUUGAUUGGGUGGAUGUGCUAUGGAGCAAUGAAGAUGCCGAGUUUGUUGCUGCUCAGGGGAAAUCUUUAGACCGGAAACUACCUCCAGUCACAUUCGUCGUCUCUUAUGAUGUGGUAUUAGUGGACAAGUGGAUUCAUAAAGCCGUAAAAGGCGAACCAGGACCAUGGUGA